AUGCAGGAGGAGAAGAAGAUGAAGGUGAAGAAAGGGUGGCUUGCUGUUCAAGUGGGUUUAGAAGAGGAAGAAGGGUCAGAGAGAUUUGUUAUACCAAUUUCAUACCUUUACCAUCCUCUCUUCAAGGGUCUUCUAGACAAAGCUCGUGAGGUUUAUGGGUACCACACCGAUGGGCCUCUCAAGCUUCCAUGUUCAGUGGAUGAUUUUGUUCAUCUUCGUUGGCGAAUUGAGAAAGAGUCCACUCAUCACCAUCACCAUCAUAACCACAACCAUCAUCGCCUUCCUCAUGCUUUCUACUUCCACUCUUGUUAA